AUGUGUUUGUUUUCUUUCAUUGGUAUUUUCCACAGGCAGUUUCAUUUGGAUGGAGGUUUUUUUCUCUAUGAUGCAACUUCUGCCACUUCCGCGUCUCAUACUGAAAAGGUAUUUUGGGGCAGCUGUCAUUUGGUUGUAAAUGAAACUCACAUGACGAGUCCAGAGAGCAGAUAGACGGGAAACUCGACUUCCUCCUUUGAGUGUGAAGGUGAAUGUUUGAAGAGAGGAAGCGCUUUCUACUCAGGAGAAAAUAAACCGGCUGGAUUAUUCUGAAACAAGAUGCACAUUCUGUGUGUGCUGUUGCUUCUGACCUGUCUGGUCCUCGGCCGAUCUUCACCUGCUUUAAGCAAGUUGUGGGAAGAGUGGAAAAUGGAACAUCGUAAGGUUUAUAACAAUCAGACGGAGCUGAGCUUCAGGAGAGCUGUGUGGCAGAAGAACGUGCACUUGGUGCUGAGACACAACCAGGAGGCCGCGGCGGGAAAACACAGCUUCACUUUGGGACUGAAUCACUUGGCUGACAUGACAACGGAGGAGAUCAACGAGAAGCUGAACGGCCUGAGGCUGGAAGAGCCUGUUCCUUUAAGAAAUUACACUUUAAAGGACGUGAGUGGAUUACCCAUGCCUCAGAGUGUGGACUGGAGGAAGGAGGGUCUGGUCACUCCUGUCCAAAACCAAGGUCUGUGCGGGUCCUGCUGGGCCUUCAGCUCUAUGGGAGCUCUCGAGGGACAGAUGAAGAAGAAAACCGGGAUCCUGGUUCCCCUGAGUCCACAGAACCUGGUGGACUGCAGCACCGCUGAUGGAAACAGAGGCUGCAGAGGAGGAUUCAUCUCCAAAGCCUUCAGCUACGUCAUCCGCAACAGAGGCGUCGACUCUGAGAAGUUUUACCCUUACCAACAAAAGGUUGUGACACUCAUGUUGGUUGGUUGGAUGAAUGGA